AUGAACUCGCCCACCGCUACCAUCAAUGGUGUCACAAUCCGAAACCAUAAUAAACCCUAUGAAGCCAUCUCACCUCAGCGACCUGAGUUGUCGCAAGCCGGUCGAACCGUCCUCGUUUGCGGCGGUUCAACAGGCAUUGGACAUGCAAUUGCACGAAACUAUUGCAUCGCGGGUGCAUCGAACGUCAUCAUCUUAGCUCGCCGUAGCGAUGUUGCCGAAAAGGCUGCUUCCAAGCUGAAUGAGGCUUACCCCGGCACCAAUGUGACUUGGCGUAUUAUGCUUUGGGAUAACUUGGAGAAGGAAAAGAUCUUGGUUGACGUUCUUAUCGUCAAUGCUGUUGGCCAGCCUGAGCUUAAGCCGAUCCUAGAGCAAGGCGCGGAUAGACUCUGGCAGGACUUUGAGAACAAUGUCCAUGCUCCUUUAUACCUCGUUGAAAGAUUCUACAAACAGACAGGACAUAACAAAAAAAAGUUCGUUGUGUCGGUGUCGACUCAAGAUAUCCAUCGCUGGGACAGUGCUCCUCAGAUGCCUGGAUAUCAACUGACCAAGAACUCCUUCGCCACAGUCUUGCAGCAGGUUGCUCGCGAUACGCCAGAAUCCAACAUGCGCAUCAUCUCAUUCCAUCCAUCCAUCGUGUUUACAGAAGCGGCGAGGAAGUCUGGGUACACCGAGGACACUCUACCUUGGUCAGAUGAGAAUAUCCCCGGUGGUUUCGCUGUAUGGGCCGCUUCCCCAGAGGCGGAGUUCCUCCAUGGCCGUUUUGUCUGGUCUACAUGGGACGUAAAUGACCUAGCAUCUGGAGAGCUUAGGAGUCAGAUCGACUUGGAUCCUUGGUUACUUAAAGUUGGAGUGAAGGGUCUAUAA